AUGGAGGCGCAUACGCUAGGUCCCGUGACCCACUUCACUCCCAUGAUGAUGAACCCCCUCCAGCCAAGUGCUGGUUUCACCCAUUUCCCACCAGCCCCGACGCCAAAACCACCGCCACCACCACCAAAGCCACCAUCGCAAGCUAUGCAGAGCACAUCCACUGCCAACAAUUUCUCGUAUGACAGCAAGAGAAUCUCGCAGUCGUCGUUCUUGACGCCAGCUACAAUUGCCCAGUUUGCUACGCUUCCCAACAAUUUCUUUUCCAAUCACCAGUCGAAACGAGUCAAGCCGAUGCGGUACGAGAGACGGAAAUUGAGAAUGCCGCGGGCCAUUGAAGACGAUGAAGGAAAACAUGAUUUCGGUACUGUGUUGCUCGACGUUAUCGAAUAUUAUUUGGCUCCGGAUUCUGCUGUUCCAGAGUUGCAACAGCAACUACAACAGGAAAAAUUGCUCGAGUUGGAAGCUAGUUCUAGUUCGGAAGAGCCAGAGAUGGCGCACGUGACUCGUGUCGAGCGGUUAGGCAAUGUCACUACUGUCAAUGACGGUAGUGGUGAAUUGAAAAUGGCGGUUGUUUCUAAUCAAGUUGAAAAGAAGUACUCGCAGCUUGUUCAAAACUUUAACGAAAUGCAACAGACUCGCCACGAGUCUUCCAUGGGCAAUGGCCAUAAAAGUUUUUCGAGUAGUGAAAUCAAGCAUGCCAUAGCGGCAGACGAAGGCCACGAGGAAACGAAAUCCGUGUCGUCAACCACGGACGAUACCGCAUCGUCAUCUACCACUUUUAACAUGGGCACACUGUCACCUACAAAACGCCACAAGAAGCUGAAAUGGUCGAAAUUGAACAAGUUGCGCACCUCGUUCACAGAGAAAUUAAAGUACGACGUUGAAAUGAAUGCGAAAUACGACCCCGACUUUAACAUCUUGCACCAUGCAACCGCAGUCGCAGACGCCACCACCGCCGAGCCCGACCCCGAGCCCGAACCCGCACCCGCACCCGCACCCGCACACCCACAUCAGCAGGCUCAAACAGCAACGAUCCCAACCACAGCGUUCACCUUCUCCUCCGCCAGUCCCCACGACGAAGACCAAAACGACGAGAUCGUGCUCGACAUCAACGAAUUCCGCGGCCGCAAAAUCAAAAGCAAGUCAGCGACGUUGCCCACACCCAAACCAAGGCCCAAGAGCAAGACCACCACCACGAAGCGCAGAGUACGCAUCCACGAACAAAUGAACACCUACAUCUACCCCAGCGCCAACCUCGUGUUGGACUCCGGCGCGAGUGCCACUAGCGAGUUGAGCCUGAGUAGCCGCUCUAGCAGAGCGCGAAACUUGGCGCCCGUUGCGCUGAUGGACUAUGCCAAUUUGAACAAUAACAGCGAUGGCGAUGGCGACGGCGAUGGUGAUGAUGAUGAUGAUGAUGAUGGUGGUGGUGGUUUGGAGAUGCAUCAGUAUCCGCGGGUGCGGGGCAGGGUGCAGUCGUCACGGACCAUGGCGCAUGGGUUCAUGGGGUUCAGACGCGAGUUCAGCAAGAAGUUUGGCUUGUUCAAGAAGGAACUUUGA